AUGGGCUGCGGUGAAUUCUUGGUUAAAUACAUACUGUUCUUCACGAACCUAUUCUUCGCGCUUGCAGGUCUAGCGCUCCUGGGGCUGGGGAUUGCUGUUCAGCUGCAAAUCGCCUCCGUGGUGAACAUAGCAGAUGUCAGCUUCCAGGUGGCCCCCAUUUCGUCCAUGGUGGUGGGCAGCAUCAUAUUCCUGAUUGCGUUCCUCGGCUGCUGCGGGGCGAUCAGAGAGAGCAAUUGCAUGCUGGUCACGUUCUCGAUCUUAAUGAUUGUGCUGAUGAUCCUGAAGAUCACCCUCGCCACUCUGAUAUUCGUGAAUCUGGACAGCGUGGUAUCAGAAGUGCCGCGUUUCCUGAACGAGGCCUUUAACAGGGACCGGGUGGCGUUCCAGGAGGUUGAAAGAACGUUCCAAUGCUGCGGCCCCAACGGACCUCUGUCGUACCAGAACAUCACAUUGCCGGAGACCUGUUGCGCGUCCACGCCGUGCACCAUCAUAAACGCCUAUUCCGGCUGCGAUGACAAGGUCAAGGACCUCCUCGAAACAUUCGGCCUGGCUAUAGGUGUAGUUGCGAUAAUAAUUGUCGCCAUCGAGCUCGUGGCGGUGGUGUUCGGGCUGUGUCUGGCCAACCACGUUCGCAACAAGUCUAGAAGGUCCCACUAC